ACACAGCAACUCUCCUCCAUGCCUUACCUUCUUCGGCUCAAAAAAAAUUGAAAGAGAGAGAGAGAAGCCCUCAUCAGUACCACUGUGAUGACACUUCUGUAGCCUGUGACCACGGGUACAGACCAACUUCUGUCAACUUGAACGAUCAAUAAUUAACGUUUUUUUGGACCACAUUUGCUCGACUGAGAACAACAAACAACUCUUACUCUUAACAACUAACUAAACAACCAACUACAGUCCUGUGAACAUUUCGUGUGUGCGUUUGUUUCCCUUAUGUCCCGAAAAUCGAGCGACAAUGACUAUAGUCUUCGUAGUAUGAGCAACCUGAUGGGUGAGAGGAGGAAGAAAGUGAACGAUGACGGAGAGCGGAGCCUCAUCAAAGCUCCGUCCAGCGCGAGCAUCAACAGCCAGGCUGUCCCUGCCAAUGCCGCUACCGCCACCACCACCGGGGACCUGGAGAGAGAGGCGCGUAAACAGUUCCACCAAGAUGUCACACCUGGGUUUGUUUAUGUUCUGGCCGCGUUCUCCGCGCUGGGUGGCUUUCUGUUCGGCUAUGACACCGGGGUAAUCUCGGGAGCGAUGCUCCUGCUCAAGAGGGAGAUGAAUCUCAGCACCCUAUGGCAGGAGGUUCUGAUCUCUAGUACUGUGGCUGCCGCCGCGGUGUCCGCGUUUGCCGGCGGGUUCUUGAACGGAGUUUUCGGGCGCAGGGUCUGCAUCCUCCUGGCUAGUUUUAUCUUCACAUCUGGGGGAAUAGUGCUUAGCGCAGCUCCCGAUAAGGUGGUUCUCCUGGUCGGACGUCUCAUUGUCGGGCUUGGACUUGGUAUUGCGUCCAUGACGGUGCCAGUGUACAUAGCUGAGACGUCUCCCCCCCACCUGAGAGGCCAGCUGGUGACAGUAAACACACUGUUCAUCACGGGGGGCCAGUUUACUGCCAGCAUCAUAGACGGAGCCUUCAGCUACCUACGCCACGAUGGAUGGAGGUAUAUGUUGGGUCUGUCGGUGGUCCCUGCGGUGCUCCAGUUCGUGGGGUUUCUGUUCCUGCCAGAGAGCCCCCGCUGGCUGAUCCAGAAAGGCCUUACCCAGAAGGCCCGGCGCGUGCUCAGCCAGAUUAGAGGCAAUCAGAACAUUGACGAGGAGUACGACAGCAUCAAGAACAGCAUCGAGGAGGAGGAGAAAGACUGCAGAGGAGCGGGGGGCUGGGGUCCGGUGACGGUCCGCUUGUCGACGAUACCUGGAGUUGGUCUUGAGAAUAGCCACCCUGGCACUUCUCCAGGUAUGUCGAUAGUGGCGGACAAGCAUCUGGGCCGAGGGUGGUCCGGGAGGGCAUUCCAGAGGCUGGGGGCGAUCGAGCUGAAAGCCCAAUCCCCCAAGGAGCGGAGCUUGGUCCUGGGGGCGUGGAGGAGCAGGCUAUCGCUUGACCUGAGGGAUCCUGGCAGCCCUGUUCUGGAUGUAUUGGAGCUUCUGGAGACUCCUGCCGGGGAUGCCGAUGAAUAG